GGGUUGCUCUCCUCUCGUCCGCUCCUGCAACUCCAUCUCGGUCCCCGAACCCAGCACCACCAGCACCAGCACCAGCACCGCCAGCAACGGAGCUCCAAGGAUACCAAGAACAUGGCCGCCCGCAGGUCCGCUAUCGAUGCCUUCGGCAUGGUCAUGCUCGAAGACGUCCCCGUCAGAGCCAACGUUCGACGGCAAACACAGCAGCGAGAACAACCUGCUCCGCCACCAGAACACAACAACCAUGACAACUAUGACGGACAGGAUCUUGAUGAUCAACACAAAACUGCAUUCCUAUUGGGAAUAUAUCCCGAAGUUCACCCGGAGAUGGUCGCUCAGAUCUUGGAGGAUUGCAACGGCAAUGUCGAUAUAGCAGCGACUCUCUUAGAGGCCGUUCAGAGUCGACAAGAGGUUCUUCCACCGGACUCCCCCCUGACGGAGCCCGAGCCCGAGCCCAAUCCAGAACACGAAUGCGGAUGCUGCUACAACACUGUCCCGAUGGACCAGACGGUUCCGUGCGAAGAGGGCCAUCUGUUCUGCGCGGACUGUGUCCGUCGAGCCGCAGAGGAGGCAAUCGGCAUGCGCAGAUCGGUGGUCAAGUGCAUGAACACCGAUCCGUGCGGAUACGCAUUCCACGAACGAGAACUCCGCCAACUGCUUCCCGAACCCUCGUUUGAUGCACUCAUGAGACUCCGUCUGGCGGAAGGAAUCGGCAUUCUGACGGAUUUCGUCGAGUGCCCCUUCUGCAACUACGGCGCUGAGAUCCUGGCGCCUCUUGAGGACGAACCCUUGUUUCACUGCCAGAAUCCCGAAUGUGCAGUGGUGUCGUGUCGGCGGUGCAAGAAGGAAAACCACUCUCCACGCAAAUGCGACGAUCUCCAGAAAGAAGAUAACCUCAACGUGCAGCACAAGAUCGAGGAGGACAUGUCCGAGGCACUGUUCCUGACGUGCCCAAAGUGUCGCCAGAAGAUCAUCAAGGAAGACGGGUGCAACAAAAUCACCUGUGUGUGCGGCCAAUUCAUUUGCUAUGUUUGUCGACAGGCUAUCCAAAACUACAGCCACUUCAACAAUAACGGCGGUCCCUGUCCGCUCUACGACGACGCCACCGCCCGACUGGCCCAGCAAGUGCAGCAGGCAUAUCAGAACGGCGUGGCGAACAACGCCAUUGACCAGAACGACCUGCUGAUUGACGUCCCAACGGCCCAAAACAUUCUUCGAUAGCCAACGAGUGGCCCGGGCCGACGGGCUCUUUGUGCGCUCGGCUUUGAUGCUCCCGCGACUGUGGACAUUGUUCCGCAAUGGCGCAUGGCUCUGCACAGCUCAGCGCAGAUUCCAGCGGAUCGGCAGCCUGGUCUUGUGGGCUUCCUUGAUGACACAACCGCAUGUCCAGGUGCUUGAUCGUGCGGCAACACAGGCUGGGUCUGGUUGGGUCCACCACCUCGCUUGAUUCGAUUGGAUUGGAUUGGAUCGGAUCGGCCAGCGCCAGCCGGGCCAGGCUGUGUCAGGACAAUUCGACGGCCUCCCAGACGCACUGCAUUGGAUUAGAUUGGACUGCAU